AUGAGUUCCGCGAAUCCGCCGCUCCGAGUGUUGGACGGGCCGAAAAUGGCGGCCGCAAACACGAGACGCAAACGGAGAAGUCCGUCGGUGCGCCUAAAACGGAGAAGUCCGUCCGCGCUCCUUAAACGUAGGACGUCCGGUCUCUGGCCGCCAUUUUCGGUCGGUCGAACACUCGGCUCGGCGGAUUUGUGGAACCCAUAUGACGUCUUCUUCGACGUGUCGUCCAACAGCGUCGCGACCAACGUCCGACGGUCGACCGCCAGGUACCCUCCAAGUACCGCGGUGGCAAGUCGUCGGACAGUGUCCUAA